AUGGGUUCACCGUUAUCUCCAGUCCUGGUCAAUAUAUACAUGGAAGCCUUUGAGAAGAAAGCCCUGGAAUCCACAACGUUGAAGCCUAAAUGCUGGUACAGACAGGUAUCUGAAUGCGGAGUCCCACCACCACCACCCAGCCCAAAAACAGGGGAUCAUAAAUACCUUGAUUCAUCGAGCGCGGAUCAUCAGCGAGCCAAGACACUUGGCCGAAGAACUAGAACACCUACGCACGGCCUUGAGAGGGAAUGGCUACACGGCGAGAAAUAUAGAACGAGCUAUCAGGAGGAGACAUACACCCAUCGAGAAACAGGAGUACUUAGCGACGAUGUAUCUACCUUACAUGAAAGUAUUCAGCACUAUAAGGAAGGUGGCGGCAGCGUUUCCAAAGACCUGCAACAACGACCAGCUCCGGGGCCCCGGUGCGUACAGUAUUCCUUGCUCUUGCGGAAAGGUCUACAUAGGAAGGCAACAGGAAGGCACAUCAACACGAGGUUAAAGGAACAUAAAAGUCACCUCAAAAAUAACAACUGGGAAAAAUCGGCAGUAGCAGAGCAUAGGGCGGACACAGGACACACAUUGAAUCUGAGUGAAGUCAACAUGGUUGUGAGAGGGAGAAGAUUUUGGCCCCGACUAUACAGAGAAGCUUUAGAAAUUUACAGAAAUCCGAACAAUUUCAACAAGGAUGGUGGCGUGGAUCUGCGAGGUAUAUGGAAGAGAGUCAUCCGUGAAAGCAACCCACAGAAACGCCAACAACGCGGACGAGGUCACCCACCGGAACGUCAUGGAUCAGUGACCACAUCAAAUAUAAAUAGUGAUAAGACUAGUAGAUCUCCAGUUUCAGAGUAA